AGGUGAGACACUUCUUGUUCUGUUUAUGCGGAAGCACUGCUAAAGGCGUUGUUUUUGCCUUCAGAAGUGAUGGAUUCUAAGCCGCGCAGGCUGCUACCCUUUGGGGGUUCUAGCUCAUCAUCACUCUCCACACCUUCAUCCCUCUCCGCCUCUUCCUCCCUGGGCGCCGGCUCUCUCUAUGGCAGGGGCAGCGUGCUCUCCAGUGAGCGCUUCGGACGGACCUCUUCCAGUAAACUGGACUCGGACUACCAGAGUUCCCGUUACCUCAGUGGCUCCCGAGACUAUGGCUCCUCAGAGAGCCGCCACUCGAGCUGGAAACUCUCCUCCCCUCUCUCCUCUGUGUCCCGUGAGCGCUCGUGGGCGGAGCCCUCCUUGGGGAGCAGCAGAAGCAAACUGAUGGACACUGAGAGGAGACUGGGCUCUUACACAGGCCUGCUCAGCUCUGCGCAGGACAGCGAGUCCAAACGGGCCAAGCUCUCUUACACCAACCGAGCGGCCUACGCCAGGACCCUGUCCGGCUCUGGCACCAGCAGCUCCUACUCCUCCCUGAACAGCAGCACAGAUAUGCCGUGGAAGAGCCUCAGCCCUCUGUCCAGAUCAUCUUCAUCCUCGUCCACCUCGUCCAGUUCCUCGUCCUCCUCCGAGGGGCUGUGGGCGCGCAGGGAGCUGGACAAGAGAGGAGAGACUGGCUAUAGCAGCCUGGCAGAGCGCAGCUCCACCUUCAGCUCCUCUCUAUACCGGCCGGAGCGCGUGACCUCCACCUAUGCUCAGGGGGCCCGCCCCAAAGAGAGCUUGGGCUCCUCCAGCCGUCGGGAGACUCCUUCUAGCCGCUACCUCUCCUCCCCCGCCUCCAGCUCUUCAUCAUCCUCCUCCGACUACCUCUCCCCCUCCCCGGUGCGCGCCUCCCUCUCCUCUGACCACCUCAGCUCCUCCUCCUCCCGCGCUCGCUCCUCGCUCUCUGACCACUCUCGCCUCUCCUCCUGGAGCUCGACCCCUUACACACCCCUCUCCCAGCGCCAGUUCUCCAAUCCCACCACCUCUGAGCCAACCACCAGCACCACCUCCACCACCACCAGCACCAACACAAGUAGUAGCAGCAGCAGCAGCCAACCGGACGGCAGACGCUCCACCCGACAUCUCCUCUCCCGCCUCUUCUCCCGCCGCUCCAGCCAGGACUCUUCCUCCAGCUCCGCUGCUGCCCCCACCUCUCCUCCACCUCCUCCUCCUCCUCCUCCUCCUCCUCCUCCUGUCCCCCGACUCCCCAUCCCCUCCCCAUCCCAGCCUCCACUGGCGGCCCCUGAGCGUGAAGAGGAAGUAGCAGACCCCGUGCAGUCGGCCUUCGCCAUGCUGCGGCGCCGACGACAGGAGCUCUCGCCGGUCAGGGAGUCGCGCGGCCGGCCCUCAGCAGACGUCCAGCAGCAGCAACAGACCAUGUCCCCUGACUUCUGGAGGAGCCGAGCGGCCGCGGCUGCAGCCAUGGCCUCAGGAGGAGGUGCAGCAGGAGCAGCAGCAGCAGCAGCAGCAGCAGGGGGAGGUGGUGGGGGUGGAGGUGGUGUUGGGAGCUCGUGGCUCUCCUCAUCCCUGCGGAACCGCUGCACGCCCCUGUUUGCCCGACGGCGGCGUGAGGGACGCGACGAAACAGCCGCACGCACCCACGUGCCCCCCCACACCAGCCCUGACGCCCCGCGCACCCCGCUGGAGGAGGAGGCGGAGGCGGAGGCGGAAGACGACGACGAUGAUGAUGAGGAGGAGGAGGAGGCUGAAGGAGCUGCAGCAGCGGCUGCUCCCUCCAUUGGAGGACUGGGCCUGUCGGCGGCUCAGCUGCAAGACGCUGCACGAUUGGCUGGCCUUGGCCGCGGGCACGCCUUCACGCGGGUGAUGUCCAAUCCGCUGCUCCGUGUUCCUGAUCACAUGAUGCUGGCAGUGGAUGUGGGUGGUGCUGGUGGGAGGGGCCAGCCUGACGGACAGGAAAAGGAGAAGCCCGCCUCCUCCAGGGACCCAGAGAGGCUGCGCAAGCUUCAGGAGAGCCUGCUAUUGGAGGACUCGGAUGAGGAAGAGGGGGAUCUGUGCCGCAUCUGCCAGAUGGGCGAGGAGUCUGGCUCCAACCCUCUGAUUGAGCCCUGCCGCUGCACCGGCAGCCUGCAGUACGUGCACCAGGACUGCAUCAAGAAGUGGCUCCUGUCAAAGAUCAGCUCUGGGUCGAACCUUGAUGCCAUCACCACGUGUGAGCUAUGUAAGGAGAAACUGCAUCUGAACAUAGACAACUUUGACAUCAAUGAGCUCUACAGGUCCCAUGAGCGGUCGGAGUAUGAGUUCAUCAGCUGUGGACUGUACCUGGUGGUGCUGCUCCACCUGUGUGAGCAGAGGUUCUCUGACGUGCUGGGCGCAGCCAAUGAGGCAGGGUUUUUCAACUUGGCGAGAACUCUUCAUGAACACAUGGACAAUCUUGAAAGUUCAUACGCUGAGUCCGAUGAGGAGGAGCGGGACCACCGUCCGUCCAUCGACUUCUGCGACCUGGAAGAUGAUGAUGACGAAGAGGAAGAGGAGGAAUAUUGAUCAAAGGGACGUGGAAAAGCCAGGGAGCUGCUUGUCCGCUCUCCGCUCCUUUCGCUCCAGGCUUGUCUGACUCCACCCUGCCUUUGUCCUCCAGAAGAGGAGGAGGGAGCUACUCCACCAUGCCAAGAACAGGGGAGAGUAAGAGGAGGAACUUGCUUUUUCUGCCUUAAAAACACAAGAGAAUGAAAAGUAACAAAAAAUGUUUGUCUGAGUAGUUAUUUUUAUUCCCCCUCCCCCCUUAGUUUUGUUUAAUCACUGUAUCCCCUGAUUCCUCUGGAGAAAGCGCUAUGCCUUUUUUUCGUGUCUCCAUGCUGUUGUCCACAACCAUUAUAGUUUUGUUUGUUUUUUGUUUGUUCAAUCAUUCACUCACUCACUGGCUCACCAUUUGCUCUGUCACAGGGGUCAGGCACACUUUCAUGAAGUUUGUAAUUUUGUCUCUCUCAUUUUAUGUGUGUGAUGGCUCUUCUUUUCAUGUCUGCCUUGGGAUAUGAUGUGUGUCAGUCAUUGGGCUGCGCUGAACCCUACUGACUGUGGUAGCCAGUUUUGAAAGACACUGAGGCAGUGAUUCCCACUCUGCCUUACAUUUUCAUCAACACCGUGUGUGUGUGUGUGUGUGUGUGUGUGUGUGUGUGUGUGUGUGUGUGUGUGUGUGUGUGUGUGUGUGUGUGUGUGUGUGUGUGUGUGUGUGUGUGCAGGCAUGUGGAAUGAUGAACAACAUAUAUUCCCUUUAAACAUCUUUCUCUUCUCUCUUUUUUCUGUAUGUGAAAAACCAUGUUGGUUGUUUUUGAGUUGAAACUCUGAUGUGAAACAGAGCUGUGAUUUUUCCUUCUUGUUUGUCUUAUGUUCUCUUUUUUUUGUGUUUGAUGAACAAAAAAAGGUAAUGUAAGUUUUGCUUGGCUUACUGUUGAUUUCCAGGUUGAAUUCCUAAAAUAAAGCUUUCAGAUGUAUG